CAACCAGCUAUAGAGAGAAGGUUCAGUGGUCAGGCAGACAGAGAUCGCGGCGAGAGGAAAUACAUCUAAGCCAAGAGGGCGACCGCUAACUUUCUGACUUAAAAAAACUUAAAUCAAUGGUGGACCUUGUUUCAUGACCAACUAGUGGACAUGAGUUGUGUACUUAGUUUGUUAAUUAGAUAAGGUCAGUGUCCACUGCGGUUUAUGGAUUUGUAAAUAUGAAUCGGUGUUUAAACUUGUAUACAUACAGUACAGUGAGUGAGACUCAGGAGUAACUUGUUCAGAGCUUUGUUUGUAAACAGUAAUAAGGAUGAAAAUAGGUUGUGAUGAUAAUUUAAUAUUAAUAAAUAAAUAAAACACAAGGGAUCACAAAACACUAAGUGUCAGAAAAUAGGAAUUGGAAGUGGUCAGUUAAGAUAGUGGACGUGAAUGACCUAAAUUGAACCGCCAGACGUAGGUCAGUGACCAAAGGAGAGAGAUAGAAAAAUACCGUAUAAGUAUACAUCAAUCGCCGGUCUUGAAAGAAAAGGAACUGACCACUGGAUGGUGAAAAGCGAAUGUUUUGGCUAGUUUAAUGAAAGUGGAGCGACUAUCCGCCAUCUUGCCUGUCUUUGUCCGAAGAUAUACAGCAGUGAUCGGAGGUUUAAUGUCUAACCUAGAAUCAUGUCACGUCGAAAACAGGGGCGACCUGUGCAGAGACUGACCCUGGACUCCGUUGAGCAGGAAAAUGAUCUACUAGUAUGUGGCGACUGCCAGACAAACUUCCCGCUGCGGGAGAUCACAAAAUUCAUCAGACACAAGGUCAACAAGUGCACUAAGGAUAAACUUGAUGAAAAUGACCGGGAAGGCUUCAACCAAAAUGGUGAUGGUGAUGCCAGUGCGGUCAUUAGCACAAAAUGUACACCCAUAUCUGCCCCUAUAACCCGUAAAGAGUCGCUCGACGGAGUCACUAAGUCGCCCCGAGUUGCGGAACUCGAAGAGGUCAAGGCAGAGAAAAAUGACAAUGACGUUGAUGAUGUUAAAGACAUUAAAGAUCGGUUGCCGUUCAAGAUUAAGCAGGUGGCCGAUGCAGAAUCGAAUACAACAAAUUCAGAACCUCUGAAGUUUACGUGUGACCCAUGUGGGAAGCAGUUCGGCUCCGCAUGGUCGUUACUCCAGCACGCCCAGAAGGACCAUGGGCUCCGCAUCUAUCAGACCUACAACAGAGAGGCCUAUACUCCUGCACAAUCACCCCGUGACACAACUCCUAAUUCUCAGAAAAGCAGAAAGUAUGAUGAUCUCAUGAGAAACACUGAUAAAGGAAGAGAUGAGAAACGAGAUAAAAAUGACAGUUCCAACAAAGAUCGACUCCGUAGUGACUCGACCGAGCCCCUGCGGGCGACAUCGUCGGUCGGGAGUGGGAGCAGUAGUGAUGGGCCACACUCAGGACAUCCAUCUCCACAUAACCCUUUCAUGUUUCCCAGGAUUCCUGGCAUUACUGACCUCCGUCAUCCCCUCUCCCCUAUGAGCGGUAUUGGUCCGUUCUCUUCCCGAAGCCCCGGUGACCUUCGUCUAGAAUUUCCACCAGACCUCUACCAACGAAAUCUGUUUGGCAUACCAGGGGGGUUCGAUCAUGGACCAUUUCACCCAUUUGAAAACAGAGUACGCCCAAAUAUGACUUUGGACGACUUUUACUCCCAACGUUUACGCCAGUUAGCAUCAUCAACUUCACCUUCCCCAGGGAGGAAGCACUUGUCGCCAUUUUCAAACACACCCAGUGGAGGCGGUAGUACCAGUCCUUUUCCUAAUCGAGGCCCCAGCAAAGGGGCCACCACUCCGACAGAAAUUGACAAAUCAGAUGAAGGACAAGGAAGCCCUGGGAAUCAGAAAUCGUGCGAAUUCUGUGGGAAGACAUUCCGAUUCCAAAGUAAUUUGAUAGUUCAUCGGCGUUCCCAUACAGGCGAAAAACCAUUCAAAUGUCCACUGUGUCCACACGCUUGUACUCAACAAAGCAAGCUAAAGCGGCAUAUGAAGACCCACAGUAAGCCAGGCAUGUCCUGCUCCAACAACUCUGAAGGAAGUCACGCCUCAAGCAGUAGUACUCCGGACUCUAACAAAAUGUGCGACGACGAAGAUGCUGAUGAUGAUGAAGAGGAGGAGGAAGAGGAAGAAGAGGAAGAGGAGGAGGAGGAGAUGCCGGGGAUCAAAGAGGAGCCAGGUAAUGAAAACAAGCCAAACAAAGAUCAAAAAGAAUUCAGAGAUAAGUACGUAGCUGGUGGCGAUCUUGCUGCUCGGCUUAAUUUUGAACAAAGAAUAGCAAAAACGAUCACUAGUGAGUUGGCGAAAGAUGAGGAGGGUAAUCGAAAGUCAAGCUCAAUUCUGUCUGAAGUCAUCCAGAACUCUGGGUUAAACAGUCUGCCGCAGUACAACGAUGCCCUUCAAGCAGCAAUGGCUGAAAAAGCAUUUAUCAAUUUGCCACGUGAUUAUCGCCCAAGAAGCAAUCCAGAACCUUCAGGGAAUCCAGGCUUUGAAAAACACACAGAUGAAAGGGAGCUUGGGUUAAAGAGGGAAAGGCCUAUGGAUGACUCUAGCAUAAUGUCAGUCUCAAAAAUGAUCAAGAAAGAACCUCAGUUAGAAAAAGUUGCAACGCCGCCAGUAUCAUUUUUACCAAACAUGUGGUUUCCACCUCCAAAUAUAGAAGGGAUGUUCAACAGGUUUCCAUUGGCUCGGUUAGUCAACGAUGGCAGUCCAGAAGUAACCUCGAAUGGGAUUGGGUUGUCUUUACAUCAUGACAAUUCUUACAGCAGCAGUGCACCUCAAAGCUCUGUCACCACGUCCACACCUCUUCCUACAAACGGCUCCACGCCAAACCCGCCCCCGCGAAGCAAGGAGCGAUCCAGGAAUGACACCUGCGAAUACUGCGGCAAGAUCUUUAAGAAUUGCAGCAACCUGACGGUACAUCGAAGGUCGCACACUGGUGAAAAGCCAUACAAAUGCAUGUUGUGUUCAUAUGCCUGUGCACAAUCCAGCAAACUCACUCGCCACAUGAAAACCCAUGGUAGAUUUGGUAAAGAUGUCUACAAAUGUAAGUUCUGCAGUAUGCCGUUCUCUGUGGCAAGCACUCUCGAGAAACACAUGCGUAAAUGCGUGGAGAAUAUCAACCGAGGACCAUUGCUCCCCGGUGAUGGGGAUGAUACAGGGUCGAACAGUGAUUCUGCUUCCGUCUCAGACAGUCAGUCUGCAAUUUCAAGCGCGUCUAUCUCGCUCCCAUCAACGCCAUUAACUGCAGCCUCGCUUUCUCUUCCUAUGGGAUUCUCACUGGCCGGUCAUCUCAGACGACAUGUGGAGAAUGCUGUGGACGGUGAUGAGGGUUCAAAUAACGACGUCACUUCCGGUAUCGAGGUGCCGUCAUCAUCGGUUGGUUACCAGCUAGCGUUCUCCAGUCCUACACUCUCGUUAGCGUCUUCACUCGGUCUUGCUAGUGCAGGGUUACCACUUGGCCUCUCGCCGGGUCUAAAUGCCCCAUCACAUAAUAUAUAAACCUCUUUUGCUAGAAAUCUCAGAGACUAUACGAAGCAUAAUAUAUAUAUUCUAUUUUGUUGCUUUCUAUAAUUUUAAGUAGUAAAAUAUAGUUUGAUUUCAAACUGAAAAUGGUCAAGAUUUUUUUUUUUCAAUUAAUUGAUUGAUAUUUUCUUUUUUCAAUUAGAAUAUCUAGAUAUAAUCUGCAGGCUUUUGGCCAAUUUUUUUUGUUCUCUUUUUUGUUAUACAAAAAAGUAGCAGGUAGAAAAUUUUUGCUCAAUAUUUGUACUUCAUUUUUAGUGAGUAAUUUUAUUAACAACAGUAAAAUAAACUUGCGCAGUUCCUAACACAUUAUUUCACAUCAUAUUUGUUUGUGAAAUUGAGAAUUUUUAUUGUGUGUCCUCAUAACAUUGAGCGUGCCAUAAAAUAUUUAAAGGGCAGUUUCUUUAUUUAUAUAGAUACAUAUUGCCAUUUUGUCAUGAGACUGAAAUUAUAAUUGUAUAGUCGACAAGAUGUCUGACAGUGCUCAAAAGUGCAAAGUAUACUAAUUUAGUACACUUUAACCUCGUUUAUGUACAGACAUUAAUGUGCCAUACAAUGAAAAGAUGGGAAAUAGAGAUGCCAUAUGUUACGGAAAAGACAAUGUUACUGAAAAGACAAUGUUACGGAAAAGACGGUGUUAUGGACAAGACAUUAUUUGUUGUACAGGGAUUAGUUUUAUGAAAAUAGUUCAAAUAAUUGUGAAGUAUGGGUAAAAACACAAUUCAACAAGCUUGUGAUGUUUUCAUGAUAUUACUUCUACCUGUUUCGUCGAUAGGAAUUUAUUUGUUACUUAAAAACUUACGUAUGAAAAAAAAAUCAAAGUUAUUUAUAUGGUUGUCAUGGGGUGUUUUACGUGUGUCAGUAAUCGAUAGGUGUAGACACUUUCAAUGUCCUCUCAUUUUGCCAUAAGUUAUAACAUUUUCAUACACAAAAUUGUUUCUUUCUUUCAAGUUGGAUCAAUUUGCAUGAAACUUAUUUGUUUUGUACCCAUGACUUCACAUAUUUUCAUGAUGUGUAAAUAUUAUGUUUUUUUUCAUAGUUUUUCUUGUUUGGUGCUUGUGUAUAUUAUUAGCGAACUUUGUACCCAAGUAUGCUUGGCAGUUUAGAAUUGUUCAGUGUGUACAAGCGUUUUUAGUUAAUGAGACACUGUUGUUAUGUGUAAGACAUGUUCACCUUGUUUUUAGACUUUGAUAACUAAAAUUUCAUGGCUUUUAAGACAUGGGUCAAUAAUUGCCUUUAUUUAUUAGAAUAUUUUCCCAAAAUGUUUGUAUAACAUUAUUGUGACUUGGUCAGUGAAAACGGCGUGCUAUUGAGGGGUUUUCAUGUCAACGAAAGAAACAAAAUUGAACUUGAGGGGUUUUCAUGUUAACGAAAGAAACAAAAUUGAACUUGAGGGGUUUUCAUGUUAAUGAAAGAAACGAAAUUGAACUUGAGGGAUUUUCAUGUUAACGAAAGAAACAAAAUUGAACAAAGAGAUGGGAUUACAAAACAAGCGUUAUAAUAAAGAGUAAUAUAGAAAUAUAGAAAUAUUUUUACAAUUACAAGAGACAACGAGAAUUAUCUGCAUGAGAAUGAAAUGUCUACUUUUCACCCAUGGGACUCAUUUUCGCUGACUUAUAAUGUCACUUGUGUGUAUCAUUUUUAUCAAACAAUAUUCAGUGAUGAAGAAUUUUAAAAUUUUCGAUAUUUUAUUAAUGAAUUUUGUAAGUUAUUUCAAACAAAAAAACAUAUGUUACUAUUGCAAAUAUUUGAAAUCGGACAUUUAAUUUUAAUUGAUAAUAAAUGCAGAAUCAGAAAUAUGAAUAAAUAUGAUUAAUCAUGUCAAAUUUACAUACAAUUCAAGUGGUGCUUGCAAGACUGUAGUAUAUCUCUCUAUAAUUUCAGGUAGAUAUUACAGAUUUGCAGGCAGUCCUCGAAAUAUUCUGUUGUUUAUGGAACGACAUCAUACAAAAUUAAUUAACAAAUUUUAUCGUUUUUUAUUUUUAAAAAUCACACGGCAUUUUUGACCCAUGGUCUAUUGUUACUUUACGACUGUUGCAAUGGCUUUGUUAAAUCAUUUAGUAUAUCUUAUAAGAUACUAAAUAAUGUGAAUUCAGCAUAAUUAUCACUCACACAUUGUAAUAUUAGUUACAUGUAAAGUCAUGUAUGUGUAUUUUUGUACAGAAUAACCCAUUUUAUACUCGGCGGAAAAGAAUACAUGAAGUCAGCAUUUUGGAGAAUGCUGACUCUAAACAAAAAACAUGUUUUUUUUCCCUUGGAGUGUACAAAAUCCAUUCGUUACUUUUUUCCUUUGUAAUUGUUGCUGUUGUCUGUAUUAUCGAACUGUUUGAGACAUUUUGGAGCAGAAUUAUAAAACUGUAUUUACCUGAAAGGUUUUGGAGGAAAAAAUACAAAUUUAUAUUAUUUUUUUCAUUUUUUCUUGGAGGAAAAAAUAAUUACACUUUAAUCCGUGCCAUAAACAGAUGUAAGAAAUACACCAAUAUUUUUACUGUGAAAGUGCAUUAUAUUAUUUAUUUGGCAGAACGACACCGUAUAUUUUUCAGUGCUUUACAAAAAAUACAUAGAGGAGAAAAAUUGUUGAAUAUUUAUUGAAGAUGAGAAAAUAUUCAUGUGAUUGAAGAAAAACAAAAACUAUUUGGCGACAUGCAGACACAUUUUAACUGUUUAAUUGAUACAAGAAAUUUCCACAUUUGUUUUACAUGAUUUUCUUUUUUGACCAGUCUAACAUCAUAACGAAUCAAAUAUGUCAAUAAAGUACAAAUUAACUAAGUUAUGAUAACAUUUCAAAUUGAUGAAAUCAUUUUGCAUCUAAAUGUUGGAAUGUGUCUGCAUCAGAAAAAAUAUACAAAAAUAAAAUUUUAUUUUUAUGCAAAUUAUGAAUAAAACAAAAUGUGUCAUGGCGGACAAAGGGCAGCAAAAAACGAAUACAUACUGUAUAUUAUCAUCGUUGGUCAUUAUAAUACAGCACUUAAUGAAAGACAUUCAUCACCGUGCUCAUUAUCUGUAAUUCUUAUUGUAAAAAUACGUACAACUUGAUGACAUUGUUAAAUUAAGUAACUUUACCGCAUUUGAAUGCUUUGAGGUUAAAAAAAAAAUUGAACUGAUAGGAUAUGAAAACAAAUGUAUAUAACAAAUCCAGACAUAUCUUUUACAGCAUAAUCGUACACACAAUGUGUAAAUUCAAACAGAUUUUUUCAUUUUUUGAAUGUUCGAAAACUCUUAAAAAAUUGUUUUCUUCUGAUUUUUUUUUUAAAUGAUACUUAUUUCAAAGGGUAAAAUCAGAAACUUUAAAGGCUACAAUUGAUAAAAAGUUUGUUUGACGUUUUCCAAAAUAGUUGAAAUUAAAUAAAAAAAAUACAUGUAACUCAAAAUUAUUUUUAGCCAUCUGGGGGUAAUAAUUUAGUUUUCAUCAUGUUAGUUAGGAAGAACAAAAGAAAUAACCCCAACCAACUAACCUACCCACACCUAAAUAUGUGGGAAGGGAACCGCCAAACAAACAUUUUACUAAUUGUGGUCUAAUAAAUUGUUCUAUAUGAGAAAAUGACUAGCCACACUAAAUAAUUUAGAUUUGUGUCUACAAACACCUUAGUUCAUUAUAUUGUUGAUGUUGAUAAACUGUUAGACAUUUCUAGAUUGUACUGUGUUUUAGCUAUGUUAUUUGACAAAAUGAUGAUGUAAAAGUCAGUGUAUUUGAAUAGUGUAAAUGAUUGCUAUGUUAAUGAUUAAUUUUGAUUAUAAUUUCUUUUCGAACCCAGUUUUGUUGAACUGUUACAGAUAAACACCUAGCGGUCUCAUGAUUGAGUGAACCUUUAUAUUGUAUUUAUAUGUAUCUUACAGACUUUGGAAAUAGCAAUUACAUAAUUAUUAUUUUUAUUAUGACUGUUAAAGUUCCUUGGUGUAAGAUCAAGACCUACAUGUUUGUUACAGAAUCAAAGUAAGGGAUCCACAAGAACUGAUCUAUAAUGUUGCUCAAGUCGAACCUCUGGCUUAAACUCCCAGGGACCGAUAAAAAUACUUCCAAGUCUCAAAAAAAUCAACCUAAGCGAGAAUGCUUACCUUCAGAAUAAAGAAAUCUGUCCUUUUCAUUGAGUUCGAGCCCACGAGGAUUUUGAGCAAAGUGAGUUUGAGCCUAUGGGGUUCGACUGUGUGUCAAGUCAGUGCCUGUCUAUCAUCCUGGAGGCAAAUUCAAAAUGUGUAGCAGACUCGACUAAAACUUUUUUUUCUGAUGGACAAAUUUCUGGACUUAAAUGAAAGUUAAUAUUUUCAGAAAUGAUAACUUAAAUACUAAAAAACAUUCAUGUUUUUUGACAAAUUUUAGAUAAAUCUUUUUGAAAAUUCUGUUGAAAUUUAUGUUAUUCCUCUAAUAAUGCAAGUUUAAAAUACACACAAAUCCAAAGUGAUUUGAUUAAACUGUAAAAGUAAUUGACCAAUGGCUGCAGGGUGUCUAUUUAGGACAAGACUUAUAAUGAUAUUGAAAAGGUCAUCAGGGUCUUUUAGUCAAAAUGGAGACCAAAGAAGGUCAUUUAUCUCCAGUGAGCUAGCUGUUUACAGUAGGUAAUUUUUAAUACAAGAUCAACCUUAUUCAUGUGUUGUUUAUAAUAAAAUUAAUGAUUAUCAAGAAACAACAAGUCAAUACUUACAAAAAUGUAAACCUGUAUUUUUCUCCAUUCCCCCCCCCCCCAUAAUACCUGUACUUUCCAGUGAGAUUAUAUUGAGUGUUUAUUGUUAACAUAAAUAUUAUUAUACUUGAAAGUUUCUAAGAGGACUUUCCGUGAAUCUAGAGUGCCAUAUUUUAUAUUAUUGUCAUUUGUUUCAUCUACGCAUUGCUUUUAUUGAAGGCUGCCAUAAAUGUUCCUCUUUUUUCGAGAUAUAUCUCAGUUUUUUUUUCACAGAAAUUUACCUUUUUGUUUUAGAAAUUGUUUAAAGAAUUGUACAAUGCUAAGUUCAAUUGAUAUUUACAAUGUAUAAUGAAAAAAUUAAUACAUGUAAAUUUUGUUCAAAAUUGGGAUUUUUAAGUAAUAUUGUGAUAGGUAAUUAGCCAAGUUUUAAAAAAGGGCAGGGUGCUGCAAAAAAGGGACAUUAGGGGCUAGGAUAGAAAAGAGAAAAUUUGAUGGGGCUGUGAAGAAUAUGAAAGUUAUGAAUUUGACUGGAAAUGUUAGAAAUUGUUUAAUUUAAGGUUAGGGUAAGGUAAGAUUUAAUAUUAGGGUUCAACUGCCAAAUAUGUUCAGUUUGUAUGUAAUUCUAAUCAUAUUUUAACUUUUUAUCAAAAACAAUAGAAAAUAUUUCAUUCUAGGACAGCAUAAUGGUGCCCAUGCUGGUCCCCAUGAGGACAAAAGGGUUCUACAAAAAAUUAGCAGGGCGCAGCACCCUUUCAUAACACUAGCUAAAACCCUCCAACACAUUGAAUUAUUAUAGGUAUUUUUCUGUGAAAAUGACAACUAUUUAACCUGGCUAUUUGGUGCUUUAUGUACAUGAUACAUAUAAUGUUCAACGUUUAUUAUUCAUGGUGUUUUUUUCUCUAGUUUUGCAAUUUAUAAUUCCAUUUUUUGUGACACAAAAUAUGUUUUACUACAGAUAAGUGUGAUUUCAAUUUUUGUACUCAUUACAACUUUUCAUUUUCCAUGCAAAUUUUGGUGCAAAUAAUAUUGUUGUUUUACCUUAUUUAUCAUGUUCUUUCUGUUUUACAUCAUUAAUGUUUAUUUUUUGUAGGAAAUUGGAAAUUAGUUUUAACUGUUGAUAAAAUGUCAAAGUUAAAGACAAUAUCUAUAUUAAAAACUAUCACAAAGAGCUAUUUGAUUAAUGAUUUAAAUUUUACAUAUGAUUUUAAGUUUUGAAAAAAGAAGAGUCCAAAUAUGAAAGGCCAUUUUAUGAACUCAACUUAUGACUCAGUUUUUAUUAUAAGUACAAUUUCGGGCCAGGAAAUUCGGACAUUUUUUGUAUAAUUUGCAUUUAAUAUAUAAUUUAGCAAGUGUAAUAACUUUUAAAACCAAAUUUGGUUUCCCGUUUUUAUGCAAUAAUAAGCAAGAUAUAAAGAUUUAAAGUUUGUGGGAUUUUAUGUGUUAACUAAGAAGUACCACAUUCUCUUGGUAAUAGAUAUUAUUACUAUCCUGAAAUAUCAUUUAAUAACAACAACAAUUGUUGAUAUGAUACGGCCAUAAGGUUUCUAAUUUUUCUGACUUAAAAUACGACCCGUUUUAAAGAAAUAGAAACUGGUAGUCUGAUUUUGAAAAUGCAACAUAUUAAAUAUACACUUUAUAUUGGUCUUAAUCUUAGGAGCAAAAUCUUAGUAUUCUGAUUUGUCAAUUAAUCUUGAUAGUCCAAUUGGUCAAUUAAUCCUGAUAGUCCAAUCAAAACAGCCAGAUUUCUCUGAUAUCUUUCCAAUUGGUCAAUUAAUCCUGAUAGUCCAAUCAAAACAGCCAGAUUUCUCUGAUAUCUUUAAGUCCGAUCUAAGAUGUUUGCAAUGGAAAACGGCCACAGAAGGCCUGGAAUUAAUUAAACGAAGUAAAAGAUCUGUAACUGUCAAAAACUUCCUGACCUGAGAAAUUGAAUUUGCUAAGAUGGUAUUGGUUUUUUAUAUUGUUCUUCUGACCAGGGGUUCCAAUGGUUUUUGGCUUCUGUCAAAAUUGUAAAUUAUAUCUCAUUUUUUGGUUGUGAUAACAAAAAAACAAUCUAGUGUAGCUUAUAUGGACAUUUGUUUAAAGAAUUAUUAAAAUAUUUUACAAAAAUAGUUUUAAAAUAUUUAUGAUAAGUUCACUUUUUCAAUUUAAUAGCAUUUUCGUUUUAAAUCAUAUGUUUUUCUUUUUUUACGUGAGUAAUUUUAAACUUUAAGUGAGGCUACAUAACAUUGUUUUUUUAGCCUACUUUUUAAGUGCAUGUACUAUGAAAUAUUUUUUUUUCCAUUAGUUUGGAUUGCCUAUUGUUCAAUGGUUAAGAAACCUCAUUUAAUGUAAAUAAUUAAAAAAAUUGAUGGUAAACUAUUACUGUAUCUUUUCUGAAAAUAUCAGAAAAUGUUAUAAAAUAUAAUUAUUUGUCAUCCUAGUACAAUAACUCAAAAACUGCGAAUGAAGAAGAAGCAGUUAUUCAGUUCUUGCACUAAGGAGAUGAAUCGUUUUGUAGAAUUUGAAGUUCGAACUCUUGUCUCAGUUCAUGACCUAUUUUCUAUGUUUCUACCAAGUUUGAUAGUGCUAAGCAAGGCCAGCUAAGGGAGUGUCAGGGCCAUGUGGUUAUAAGAUGCAUAAUGUUGAAUAAUUCCUCCACAAUGGCAUACCAUGAAAUAAAAACAUGUUCUAGACUUUUUACAUACCUGUUAGAACAUAAUUAUUAAUAUACAAGUUUGUGCCAUUUUCUUGUACAUCAAGAAUGUCUUUGGUGCCAUUCUGAAGACUUAGUUUAAAUGCUCUUCCAUUAAUUGCAGUGCCAUAGAAUAUGCUUUCUUAGAUGUAAGAGCUACAUUUAGUUAUUGUUUCGUAUUUUGAAAUUAUUACUGAUUUGCCAGUAACGUAAAAAAAUCAUAACCAUGUUAUACCAUAAAAUGUUUUGUUCAUGAACAAGCAACGCCAGUGUGAGGAAUUAUAAGGACAUGGUGACAUCAUCAAUCUUGUGACUAUGAUGUCACAACAUGUCAUGAUAUCACAUCCAGUACAGGUGACUCAUGACAACCCGGUGAUUUGGUGUAAUGUAACCUGUUCUAUUUUUAGAAAUCACAUGACCCCCUCCUUACAUUUCCAUGCUUAGUAAGCAAUUUAUUUGUGCCAUAUAUUUGAUAGAUAUUAUUUUUACACUUAUGUUUCAUGCACAAGAGGGACUUAGGAUGAUCUCCAUGAGAAAAAAUAUGUCUUAAACACGUACUUACAUAUAAUUCAUUCGUUAAGGCCAAUUAUAUUUUUACAUCAUGGCAAAUCAUAUGCAAAUCUUUAUUGUUAAAACAGAAGUGUCAUAUUUAUGCUUUGAAAAAUUACAACAGCUCAUUCAUUAACAUACAAUGUAUUGAAAUAUCUAUUGUUAGCGAUAUUGUUACUUUUUAACACAGGAGCUCCAUAAUAUUUACAUUAUAACAAUAUUUGGUAUUGGAGAAACCAUAAAAUGGAGAGAAGGCAACAUAAUAAGCCUAGUCCUUCGAUGUGCCUUAUUUAUUAUGUAGAAUGCAUUGGAUGCGUUCACGUUUACUAGUUAUGCUUUUUAUGUAUUUACGUUUGUGUGUGCAUGUCAUUUCUGAAAGUACCAAGUACAUGUAAAAUUGAAUAAAUAUUUUGUCUUGAA